AUGAGUACAGCCAACACUCUGUCCAGCUGCGUCUCAUCGCUGCGUUCGAGCAUGCAAUUGCUCGACUCAUCCAUCAGUAUUCUCGACUCUGGUACCAGCGACUUCCCACGUUUGGCUAGAGUCCUGCAGGCCACUAGGCAUUUUGAACUCGUCUCGGAGCCCGAACUACAAACCGCUCAAUCUGCUCUGCUUUCCGAGAUCCAGCCCGAAGUCGAAUCCAUGCUCGAUCGUGUUGCCGUCUACCUCGACAAACUCCAGCGUCGCGAAGAAUCGUUGAUCGCAAAGUGUGAACUACAGGAGGGUCGUCUUUCCUCGCAUCGUCCCCAGCAACAAUAUCAUCCUAGGAACACUGCACAAUCGGCAUCCUCACACGUUGCCAGCAAUCCCAUCCAAGAGCUCAAGCAGCAGCAGCUCAGGCAGAAGAAGGACCGUCUGAGCUAUGCUGUUGGUAGACUUGAGUUGCAAGCAAACCAAAGAGAGAGACAGUUGAGGAAGAGCAUGGCUGGCUUUUGA